AUGAGCCGCUCUUCCGCCCCAGCUGUACUGGAGCGAGUAUCACUCGCCACGCCCAUGCCCCGUGCUGUAGCGCAGGCGCUUCAGGCACGGCGUAUUGGUGGUGAGCCGAUGUGUAUUUCAAUUCCUGAGGCUGUAGAACGGGCGGUCUCUCAGAUGCAGCCGAUGGAGCGGCGCGUCCCGCUCUGGGAGAACGUUAUCCUUACAGGCCCUAUGGCGCUUACACGCGGAUUGAAUGCGGAAUUAGUGCGUGCCUUGUCAGCGUACAUGACGACAGAAGCGACAGAAGCCUCACAAGUCGCUGGUGAGCCGCAUCCCUGGCAGCCCCAUGCCGUGCGUGCAUUGCGUAUUCCCGACUACUUUGCCAACUUUAAAGAACGGAUGGACUUGGCACCGUAUCUGGGCGCGACGAUUUUCGCCAAGCUUGUAUUUGGUGACUUGUCUGGUCGAAAUUAUAUCACGAAGAAGCAGUAUAACGAGGCAGGGCCGUCUGUUGCCUUUGCUUUGGGUAGUGUCUAA